CCUGAGAUUCUAAGUGACUCUGACAUGGAAAUAAUUGACAGUUCUGUUGAAUGGAAUUCUUCAAAUGACCCAAAAUUGAUAGUAAUUAUGAAUCCUGUGCAAGAUUGUUUUCUUUGGUUGUCAUUGAAAAACAUCUAUUUGUGACGUUUAAAGAUCAGGAUGAGGAAAAGCGAUUGAAGUAUGCAAGUGAAGAUUUAAUUAACCUGAUUGGUCUUCUGGAUGAAAAGCUAUAUGCAUUUUUAUAGCAGCAUGGUACAGAAAUCCAACUGGAAGUUAAAUUUAAACAGAA